AUGAUCACAGCCACUAGGAAUUUCUCUCUACUUCUCGAUGAGUUGAUGGGAGUGAAUAGAAACGGCGAUAGACAAGACUUAAUUAUUGAACAUUUCACGGAUCCAAGAGUUUGCAAGUUUGAUUUGUUGGGUUUAUGUCCCUACAAACUGUUUCCGAAUACGAAAUUUGAUUUAGGACCUUGUCCUUUUAUUUGUUGUCCCGUACCUCCAAAAUUUCGAAAGCAAUAUGAGGAGGAGAAAAAAACACAUAAUUUUGAUUAUGAACGGGAUUUGGAACGAAUUUUAGCGUCCAUACAAGACAAUUGCGACGAAAAGAUUGCCAAGGCUCAACAGCGAUUGGAUGUACAACACAAAAAAGAUCUCAACAAGAACAAUGAACCUCUUGAAUUACAAAAUAUUAAGAAGGAAAUUGAAAAAGUAACAAAACAAAUUGAAGAAUUAACAACUGAAGGAGAAUAUGAAGAGGCCCAAAAACUCAUGGAACGAUUGGACAGUUUAAAAAAAGAAAAGGAAAACAUUGAAGCCAAAGUACCCACUCAAAAAAUCGGAGACACUCAAGAAUUAAUAGUAUGCGAAAUUUGUGGAGCCUUAUUGAGCGUUAAUGAAAGUGACCAGCGAUUGGCAGAUCACUUUGCAGGAAAGGCUCACCUCGGAUUUCAAAAAGUUCGAGAAAAGCUUCGAGAACUCCGAGAAAAUAGAAGCUUCAAUGACAAGAGACAGCUCAUUGCUGAUAGAGACCAUUAUAAACAAAUGAAAGGAGGAAACGAAUACAAUAGUUAUUACGAAUUGAAGAGAAAACGUCCUGGUCAAGAUGGCCAAGAAGAACAUCCUAGCAUUGGAGGUGGCUCUUCAACGUCAGGCUAUUACAAUUCACAUCAUGGUAGUAGUGGCAGCAGUGGACAUGGAAGAAGUGACGACAGAUAUAAUAGAGAUGGUGGUAGAAGUUCUUCUUCAGGAGGUGGUGGUGGCUACAAUAAUUAUAGGGACAGCAGUAGAGAUCGUGGUGGUGGAAGAGGCGAUCGUUAUGACGACUAUUCUUCAGGCUCCUCCUACAGACAUCAUGAAGAUAAUUAUCGUGACAGAGGAGGUGAUAGAGAUGGCUAUCAUCAUCACCAUCGAUCGUCAUCGUCAUCACAUUCUGAUUAUCGACCACAACAUGACUAUAGACGAAGGUAG